AUGAACACUGCUGGCGGGGUAUGUCUGUCUGUGCUGUCCUCUCUCUUGGCCGUGGCUGGGGCUCUGGCUGCUGUGUACGCCCUCGCUCUCGCUCCUCUCUCUGCUCGGGCAGAGGUGGCUCACGGGCCCACCCACAGCGCCCCCAGCAGCGUGGCAGAGGGACGCUCGCUGCCCCUCACCUCGCCAUGUUCCAGCUUGGUCACCGGGGUGCUCUACGGAUCAUUUUCCUUGAGAGAACUCUUCCCCUCGAGGGCCCCGGGGUGCUCCUGGUCCCUGGAAAACCCCGAUCCCACCAAGUAUUCCCUCUACCUCCGCUUCACCCGCCAUCCCACUAUAUGUCGGAUGCACUCACCUGUGCUUCUCUCCCUGGACCAUCACUUACCUAAUCAGAGCUGUCCAUUACAAUUGGAGACUUCUGGGUAUAAGGAUCAUGACAUUGUCGAACUAUGUGGGAAUAAAUCUACCAUUGAAGGACCUUACUCAUUCUUACAGUUUGAUAAGAACUUUGUCCAACUUUGUCUAACAAAGCAUCCAAGUGGUGAUGAACCUCAGGUAACCAAGGAAUUGCUAGAGUUGAGACUAGUCGAGGUUUUGCUUAUCAAUAAUGAGAACUCUAGUCAGUUUACAUGUGGAGUUCUUUGCCGGUGGUUCGAGGAAUGCUUGCGGACGGGGCACAAUGGGGACCAGGAAGUGUCUGAUGGAGAUGGCUGUGGGAUGAGCCAGACUGGGUGCAUUUGUCCCAACCAUAACAUCAUGGCCCCGGCUGUCCCUCUGCUCCCGGAGACCCCUCACACCUUCAGUAAUGGAUCUAUGGUCCCUGACGACUGCUGUGUUACUGAGCUGCACUCCAACGACGCCAUCGCCAUAGCACCGAGGGAUGUACGGCAAGAUCUGUAUGAUGACGACGACCUCAAAGUGAAAACCCAGAGACCACGAUCGGCCGACCAGCCAGGUGUGUUUCAGGCACAGACAGGAGACCCCGCGGCAGAGGAGUGGUCCCAGUGGAGUAUGUGCUCUCUGACCUGUGGACAGGGCUGGCAGGUGCGCACCCGCUCGUGUGUGUCCUCUCCUUAUGGGACCUUGUGCAGUGGUGCACUGCGAGAGACACGUAUGUGCAACAAUACUGCCUCCUGCCCAGGUGAUCCGGGGAUCAUCAGCUCAGUGCAUGGGCAGUGGGAGGAGUGGUCAUCAUGGAGUCUGUGCUCUGUGACCUGUGGGCGGGGCCUCCGGACACGAACCAGGAAGUGUGUGAAUACGGAUGAGGCAGCGGAGUGUGGCCGGCCCGAAUCCCAGACCAAACCCUGCAACAUAGCCGUGUGCCCCGUGGAGGGCCAGUGGAUGGAGUGGGGCCCCUGGUCACGUUGUAGUGUGACUUGUAACACAGGGACCCAGCAGAGACAGAGGAGGUGUAGUGCAUCGGUACAUGGCUGGGCUGAGUGUAAGGGCCCCCAUCAGGAGAGCCGAGACUGCACCAACCCGGCGUGCAGCGGUGGUAACUGGGGCAUGUGGAGCCACUGGAGUCUGUGCAGUAAGACGUGUGACUCUGGCUGGCAGCGGCGCUUCAGGACGUGUGAGACGAGUGCAGGACAGAGCAGCCCAUGUGAGGGCUCUGCAGAGGAAGUGCGCUCAUGCAACGACAACAAGUGCCCCGCUCCUCAUGAGAUCUGUAAAGAGGAGCACCUUCUCACCAUGACGUGGAAGAGAGCCUCUGCUGGAGAGACGGUAUACAACAAGUGUCCAACCAAUGCUACGGGAUCUGCUAGUCGUCGAUGUAUGCUGGACAAUAAUGGCGUUGCUUUCUGGGGUCCUCCGAGCUUCGCUAGAUGCAUCUCACUUGAAUAUAGAUAUUUACACAUAUCUUUACGAGAGCAUCUGGCGAAGGGUCAGAGGACCCUGGCUGGGGAGGGCAUGUCUCAGAUCGUACGGAGUCUCCUGGAGCUUUUGCAGAGGAGGAGCUACUACAGUGGCGACCUUCUCUUUUCCACGGAGAUCCUACGAAAUGUGACGGACACCUUCAAAAGAGCAACCUACAUCCCAGCUCCCGACGACGUGCAGAAAUUUUUCCUCAUAGUCAGUCAUAUGUUGGACAUGGAAAAUCUGGAGAAGUGGGAGGACGCACAUCAGGUCGCUCCCGGGGCAGCUCUGCUCAUGAGGAUAUUAGAAGAUUUCAUUCACCUCAUUGGAGAAGCCCAGAAGCCUUUUCAAAGUUUCUUAGUGGUUACCAACAAUCUCAUGAUAACCAUUCAGAGAGAGCCAGUGUCAGCAGUUUCCAGCGAUAUUAACUUCCCCAUGAAGGGCCGCAGAGGGAUGAAAGACUGGGCCAGAACUGCGGAGGACAAGCUCUACAUCCCCAAGGAAGUCUUCACCAUCCCCACUGAAGAGACAGAGACCGACUCAGAUUCUCCAAUGUACUAUGUGAUUGGAGCCAUCUUAUACCGGACUUUGGGUGUCAUCCUCCCAGCACCAACUUCACCUGCAGUGAUCAACUCCAAGAUUCUGACGGUGACUGUCCGCCCUGAAACACAGCCCAGCGAGCCCAUGGUGGUGGUCGAGCUGUCGCCACUACUCAAUGGUACAUCGGAUCCUCAGUGCGUGGUCUGGGACUAUGGCAACCCGGAAGCUGGCGCAGAAAACUGGGGCACAGAGGGCUGCCAAACACAAGCCUCCACCGCUGUCCACACCAAAUGCCUGUGCAGUCGCAUCUCCACCUACGCCGUGUUAGCGCAGCAAGCUAAAGAACCGGAUAUGGGUCCCAACAGCAUGCCCUCCGUUCCUCUGAUGGUGGGCUGUGGUGUCUCAUGCACCGCUCUGCUCAUUCUGCUGCUCAUCUAUGCGGCCUUUUGGAGGUAUAUUCGCUCGGAAAGGUCCAUCAUCUUGGUGAACUUUUGCCUCUCCAUCCUGGCCUCAAACUUAUUGAUUUUGGUGGGACAAUCGCAGACUCUGAGUAAGGGUCUCUGUACUGUGACUGCUGCCUUCCUACACUUCUUCUUCUUGGCGUCCUUCUGCUGGGUGCUGACGGAGGCGUGGCAGUCCUACCUGGCUGUCAUCGGCAAAAUGAGGUCACGCCUCAUACGCAAGAGGUUCCUCUGUCUAGGAUGGGGUCUCCCAGCGCUAGUUGUAGCAGUUUCGGUGGGUUUCACCAGAGCCAGAGGUUAUGGAACUGCCAGCUAUUGCUGGUUGUCACUAGAAGGAGGUCUACUGUACGCCUUUGUUGGACCUGCUGCUGUUAUUGUCCUGGUGAAUAUGCUAAUCGGGAUUGUAGUGUUUAACAAGCUUAUGUCCCGGGACGGCAUUUCUGACAAGUCCAAAAAGCAGCGAGCGGGUGUCCCGGCAGAGGCGGGGAGUCGGCUGCUCCUGAAAUGCUCCAAGUGUGGUGUGAUCUCUAGCACGGCCAUGUCCAGCGCCACAGCCAGCAGCGCCAUGGCCUCUCUGUGGAGCUCCUGUGUGGUUCUCCCUCUCCUAGCAUUAACCUGGAUGUCAGCGGUCCUGGCCAUAACCGACCGGAGAUCUACACUUUUUCAGAUCCUGUUUGCAGUUUUUGACUCAGUGCAGGGUUUCGUCAUCAUCACUGUCCACUGUGCCAUGCGCCGUGAGGUGCAGGAUGCUGUCCGCUGUCGGAUGGGGGGAUGUAAGGACGACAGUGAAAACUCUCCAGACUCCUGCAAGAACGGACAGGUGCAGAUUAUGGUGAAUAGCAUUUCAUUCCAUUCCAUAUUGCAGCUCGCCUCACAGCUGUCCACGACCAUCAGAAAGCCCAGACUGUUUCCUCAUCUAACACCCCCUGUGCGCUCUUCAUUCUGCUCCAUCAGAAGUGUUCCAAUGAGAGCUUCUGUGGGCAGCAGUGCGUCCCGCUGCGCUAUGGCACCACGGCGUGCCUUCCCCGUGGCCACCCACAGCCUCUGCCAGCCCUGUGUCAGACCACAUGUCAGCAGCCACACUCUGCCCAGAGGCUACCUGCCACCAGCCAACCACAUCUUCAGCCUCGCGCAUGACCAUAACUCCAUCUACCUCCCGCACAACCACAACCAUGUGCACAGCCAACCCAGCGGCACACCAACGGAUUUCGAGAAAGAUGUGGAUUUAGCAUGUCAAACAGAGAGAGGACACCCAUUCAUUUUCAAAGAGGUGAACACUUGUAACCCCGCCACCAUCACAGGGACCCUCUCGCGCAUCUCCCUGGACGACGAGGACGAUCCCAAGCUGGCAGCCCAUCAGGAGGGCGGAGUAGGGGUCAACUUCAGCGCACUACCUGGCAACAUACCUCCUCCCAACCUCAUAGUGCAGGUGCCGCCUUUAGGAGGUCUGAACGAGCUGAGUGACACCCCCUUAAAGAAGGAGGUCAAUGUGGACCAGCAGAGGCAGGGCCAGCAGCACACUGGAGCUCCUAUUUACCUGUGCACCGAGAGUGGCCUGGGCUGGGCUCGCCCGCCCAACUCCUCCAACACAUCCCAGGAUGGGAGUGCAGGAAGCGGGGGGAGUGCGGGCAGUGCUGCGGGCAGUGGGAGCACAGGUGGUGGAGAGGGGGACUAUAUGGUGUUACCGCGCAGGACAGUUAGUCUCAAACCUCCUGCAUCCUCCUCCCAAGGAGGAGGCCUGGGACUAGGGGGUGAGGACAAGCCCCUGAAUAUCACAGUGGAGGAGCCGCCUUUCCCCCCACCCCCUUCACCCUUGACCCUUCAUCCUGCAGAGAGCGAGGCCUACCCCGCAGACUUUGUACCUUCCAGUGUGGGGGACAUGAACAUCACCAUGAACCUCAACCGCUCCUAUGGGCCCAUCAAAACUAUGGCCCACAACCACGGGCACAUGAUGGCCCAGGGUGGCCUGGUGCACCCCCACACUGGACACUUGCACCCCCACGGACACUCCCUGCAGCUCAAGCCGGGACAGAGACCAUCCGUCAGACAGAUCCUCACCAGCGGAAACGCAGUGGAGAGAACCAGGACCCUGCCUCGUAACCUUGGCAGCACCAAUGCCAACAGCAACAUCUCCGCGGGAUCCCUCGAGAGGAAAAGAGUACGGUAUUCCGAGCUGGAUUUUGAGAAAGUGAUGCACACUCGCAAAAGACAUUCUGAGCUGUACCAUGAGCUCAACCACUCGUCCAAGUUCCACACCAUAGACAGGUAUAGCAGGGACCCAGCCAUGUCCACUUUUAAGAGGGAAAAGCGAUGGAGCAUUUCUUCUGCCAGCGGUGAAAAGAACUCAUUGAGUGACAAGUCGACCCCAGAGGAACAAGGCUCAUGGGACAGUUUCAAGACCAUGACCCCUGAGUUGACCAUCGUGCCUGGGGAGCAGAAGGACCGCAUGGAGCUGCACAAUAAGAACUGGGACUCCUCCUCCGCCAACACACCGGACUCCUCUGAGGGAGACUUCCAGACUGAAGUUUGACUCUCUGCCCUCGUCUCACGCUCUCGCCCAAA